GAGAGUGAGAGAGAGAGACAGAGAGAGAGAGAAAAGUUGGCUAAGACCUGACAGGUGUUCUUGUUUUUCAAGUUUCUGCGUUUCUCUAUUAGACAUAAACAGAGAAUGUGAGCGAGUGAGACACACACAUAAAGUCACGAUGGCUGCUCCAAAGGCUCUUCCUAGGAAGCACUCUAUGUUGUCUAAAGUUUUGUCUGGAGAUGCUCAGCCUCACAACCCUCACGCCAACGAAAAUGGAAAGAAAACAGUUCCACAUGUCAUACACGCGGCGCGAGAAGUGGAACUGGUGAACCACUGCUUUGCUGAUGUGGAGUGCUUCAUGGGCCGCUUGCAGAAGGUGGCUGAUGCUCAGAGUGCUGCAGAACAGAAGAAGAAAAAGAAUAACAAGAAGAAGAGCAAGAAGAAGAAGCAGCAGUAUGACCUGAUGUCAGAAGAAGAAAGUUCUCCAUCAGAGAAGGAGUUUAUAGAUAUUUUCCAGAAGAUAAAAUAUUCAUUCAGCCUGCUGGACCGUCUGAAAAAUGAAAUAUCAAAUCCGAGCUCGGAGGAGCUUCUGCAUCACCUGUUUGUUCCUCUGGGCCUGAUGGUUAAAACCACAGGUGGUCCUGGGUUGGCAGCGGGUGUUUCCAGCCCGGCUCUGACCAGUGGAGCGGUCACUCUGCUGCAGCAGAAUCUCACAAAGGAGGAGAAAGAGCUGUGGAGCUCUCUCGGCCCCAACUGGACCCAGUCAUAUUCGCAGCAUGCUCAGCCAGUAUCACCAUACACACUAGCAUUCCUUGAUGGUUGGCAGCCUGAGGCUCGUGAUGCAAAUGGUCAAGCAUUUGAGGAUCCAGUAGAGUCAGAACACAAAUAUGAGGCCCAGCUACAGUCUCAACAGUUGGAACCUAGCCAGGCCUCACCACCAGUUUCACCGACAGUGACAGAAAUUGUGGAAAAUCCACCUCCUUCGGAUGUGGAGCGGCUGUACCGCUGCAGUUAUGACUUUGUGGCCCGGAACAGCAGUGAGCUUUCAGUGCUGCACGGAGAAACUCUACAGGUUAUAGAGUCAUCUAAGCGGUGGUGGAAGUGCAGGAACAGUUAUGACCAGAUUGGCUUUGUUCCAUCUAACAUCCUGGAGCCUGUCAACCACACAGAGCCAGACUCACAUGUAGUGAUGCGCAAGCCAUCCAUGAAAGUUCCACUGUCUCCUCCGGGAGGAGGGCGUUUCUCAUACGCCAUGCCAAAUUCCUCAGGGGAAAACCACACCCACAACGAGACACGCCCACUCAGUAUGCCGCCAAUUAGAGAUGAAGGAGAGAAAGUGAUGCUCAUGAAUAAUGAGCUCGCAGAGCGGCUGGCCAAUGGGAGAACGCGGCCUUCAAUUAUGCACAGAUCCAACGAGACCACCGCCUCUCUUAGCUAUCAUUCAUCUCCAGGCGAGGUUCAGGAGUGGCUCAAAAGCAAAGGCUUCAGUGAUGUCACAGUGAACAGUUUGGGCAUUCUCAGUGGAGCUCAGCUCUACUCCCUGACUAAAGAGGAGCUCUGUACGGUUUCUCCACAAGAGGGCGCCAGAGUUUACAGCCAGCUAACAGUGCAGAAAGCACUGCUGGAGAAAGCAAGGAAAUCCACUGAGCUGGAGGCUGUGAUGAAGAAACAGAAAAUGAAAGUUGAUCCCAACAUGGAAGGAGGAGAAUUUUAACUCAGCAUACAUAAACACACACACACACCUGCAAUGCUAACCGCUCACUGAAUCAAUUGUUGUGCUAAAAUGUAUCUUCUGUUAUUUUCCUGUUGACAGCAGUAUAUUUUCAUUCCAGUGCUCUACUCUGUCAGUAUAUUUGCAUCAACAGUAUCUACUCCUGUAUAGAUGUAUUUCCCACAUUGCAUAAGUCCUGUAAGCAUGUUCCUUUGGAAACUGUUAUACACCUUAAAUGCACAAAUUAUUCUAUUAAAACAGUGGUGUCUAUGUCUAA